UUGUGUUUUUAACAAUGAUAGAUUAUGGUGGACUAUUUAACACAGCUUUUCCUUGGCUCUUUGUGAUGUAUGAAUGGAUCGUUAACAAUCUCGGUUCAUUCUUUGUCCCCAGUUCUGGGCAACCGGUGCGGAGGCAGUCUGCGGCCGGAGAACAGCACAGCUCUGUAGCGGGCUCCUCUUCGCAUCGCCCGCAGACAAGCAAAGUCAGCCCGGCUAAGAGAAAUUACCAGAGCAUCCGUUCACCAUUUGAUGACACGGAAUGGAUACAAAUUAAAAGACCACGACUGGAUGGCAUUGUCAGUGUUGUGAAAAGGAGGAUGACAGGAGUCACAGGCUUCUUCAGGUUUCACAGUCCUCUGACUGCACCCAACAGCGACUCCCAGGGUGUGGACUGGGAUGACCAGGUUGUCCCAAAGCCAUUGUUUGGGGUUGGUGAAAUUCAGAGACUCAGCCCAGAGAAGUGUUUAAGCAGAACAGAGUUAAAACUGGAAAAUCCAACAGAAGGAGGUUGCGGCCGUUCAGAAAAGACCUGGCUGGUUUAUCGAUCCAAGGCUGUGCCGUCGUUCACAAAACCGAGUGUGACCAGUGCAGAGAGUUACUCAGUGAAGAUGCAAAGCAGGAAUCUGCGGAACUGCCUUCACCAGGGCCUCCUGCCCUCUCGACUCCCCCAGGGCUGUGCAGCACAGUCUACAGCAAACACAGCCAGCCACACCCAAAGGAGGCGCUGCCUGGCAGCAGAGGAGAGUCUGCAGGAGAGUGGUAGAGAACAAUACAGACGUCUACUGGAGCUGGUAUCUGAAGAUUACUGGAAAACUGGCAAGCAGGUGCUGUUUAACAGACCAAAGCAGUCCAUAUCUUCAGCUUCUUGUCAGUCCAACAAUUUCAGGCCAGUCGACAGAAAUGCAGCCUGUUGCUCGUCAUCAGCAGUUUUGCCAAUGCGAGCAAACUACCGUGCUUCAGUAUGGGGGGAUGGUAGUUUUUCAAGACAAAGUCAGGAUCGAAAGAUUGAUUCACACAUUCUUAAUUUGUGCAAGCAAGCCGCAGAAAACAAACCAAAUAUGGCAGGAGAUGGUAUGGGAAGACUCGGCGAGAGGCUUCCCACCACUGCAUUGUCAUCAUCAAUCCUCAAACCUGAUCGAGGGAAACCUGCCUCCAAAGAGAAGCAGACUCUAGAUGUGGACCUGUCUAAAGAUGUUGCAGCUGGCUUGAAUCUGGGUGACAGUGAGCCCACUGUUUCAGCUAGAGUACCAAUCACCCACAAACAACCAGCUCCAGCAAAGACUGUUCAAGUAGCUGAAGAAUUCCCUCCACUAACUCAGGAAAUGGAGCAGGCAAUCCACAAAGCGGUGGGUCACAGAAACCCUGACGAGGUCCUCAGUAGCUCUUUCAAAUUGAGGAUAACCCGCAGAGACCUCAGCACCUUGACUCAUCACAGCUGGCUCAACGAUGAGGUCAUCAAUUUCUACUUGAACCUCCUGAUGGCCCGCAGUGAGCGGGAAGGAUGCCGGCGAGUGUACGCUUUCAGCACCUUCUUCAUCCCGAAGCUGCGUGCCGGAGGAUACCAGGCUGUGAGGCGCUGGACCAAGGGCAUGGAUUUAUUUGAGAAGGAUCUCAUCCUGGUGCCUGUGCAUCAGGGAGUACAUUGGUGUUUAGCAGUAAUAGAUUUCGGAGCAAAGACAGUGAAAUACUACGACUCGAUGGGCCAAAGAAAUGAAGGUGUUUGUCGGAUUUUAUUGCUUUACUUAAAAGAAGAGUUUAAGAGCAAGAAGAGCAAAGAUCUGGAGGUUUCAAAGUGGACUGUGACUAGCGCAAAGUCAAACGAGAUCCCUCAGCAGAUGAAUGGCAGUGACUGUGGGGUUUUUGUAUGUAAAUAUGCAGAUUACAUCACAAGGGCCAAACCUAUGACUUUUACACAGCGCCACAUGCCCUACUUCAGAAAGAGAAUGAUCUGGGAAAUCCUGAGCCAGAAGUUACUUUAAAAGCCUGAGCGGAGCCUGAACCAUCCACCACUACUGUGAUGUUCUUGAACCUGGAUUUCUCCUCAUUCAGGCACAAAUCUCUGUGUGUGUGUGAUGGUGACACAGCCAAAGCAUUUCCAACAAUUCUAAAGCAUCAUAACCCAAGGUUCUGUGUGUGGUGUUAGAAUUGUACAUACUAUAUUAUUUGAAAGAUGAAGGCUUUUUGUUUGUUGUGAAAUCGAGAGCUAACAGCAUUUGUAUUUGUUAUUUAUUUUUAUUUUUUUUUUACUAUCUGCAAGUGUUCAUAAUCAUAGCUCUAAAAUAAGCUAACCAGAGCUGUAAACGCAAUACUUUGCUUGUAUUUAAAAAGGGUGAGGCAUAAAUGAUUUAUUUUAAAUAUUACACCUGUAUAUUAGGUGAAAUCCAGCUCUUACCACACUUUUUUUCCUCUUGUACACUAAAUACAUUUAAAUACAUUGCUUUGUUUUACAUUAGUUUACAAGGUACAGAUUCAGUUAAUGUAUUUAAACUAUUCUCCUCCCAGUAGUACCCCUGGUGGCUAUCUUGCUAAAACUAAAUUGCUAUGUAAGUUAUAAUAUUUAAGUUAUUUGUAAUAAGCUAUGUUAUUUAUCCACAAACGUCUUUAUUUUGUGAAACAAAGUGUUCUGUUCUGGAAAGAGUAAAACUGAAGCGAGGAUAACGGGUCCCUGGAGUAUUACAAAAAACUAAUAACAUUGAUAAAACGAUUGUGCAAAUUUAACACACUUCAGUGAAUCUGUUUUAUAUUUCUAUAAAUUCUAUUUUUUUUAUUUUAGAAAAAGUAUAUAAGGCUAUCAAGUAUUUGUUUGGUUGUGUGCAAUAGUGAUUUCUAAAUAAAUAGUUUAUUUAUUUGUG